AUGUGUGGUGUUGGUACUGAUAAUCUUGAACAUAUAUUAUGGUUUUAUAAUUUCAGUCAGAUAAUAUGGAAAUGGCUAGGUGGUAUCUUCUUGUUCUGCAACCCUGAAUCAUAUGAAGAUGUUAUGAACUUUGCUAAGAAUAAAAGUGGAGCUGUAAAGGAUAUAUGGUUACUGGUUGCUUCCAUUACAAUGAUGGAGCUAUGGUUCUUAAGGAAUAAAAUUUGCUUUGAAGAAGAGAAAGUAAACUUGGGUAAUUUCAAGAGAAGAAUAAAACAGUAUACAAAGGACUGUGCAAUGAGAAUAAAAAUCUUUAUGUGGGAGUGUAGCUAUGAUUACAUGAUCUUUAAGAAUUUUGAUCUUAAACAUCAACCAAUAAAGCCUCAAAGAAUUAUUGAAGUGAGUUUCUUCUUACCUGCAAGAAAUCAGAUACUCAUAUGUUGUGAUGGGUCAUCUAGGGGCAAUCCAGGUGCAGCAGGAUAUGGUUUUAUUUGCAGAGAUGAAAUGGGAGGUUGUAUAUAUGUUGAAGCUACUGGCCUUGGAAUUGCAACUAAUUACAUUGCAGAAUUAAUGGCUAUUACAGGCACAGCUGAAUGGGCUAUACAGAACAACAAGCUUGAUAUAUGUAUUAACUCUGAUUCUAAAGCAGCAGUGAGUGCAUACAUGCCAGGAAGACUUCCUUGGUUCAUGCAGGUAAGAUGGAAGAUAAUAAAGGAACUAUUGAAUAAUAUCCAACUUGUACAUAGCUUGAGAGAAGUAAAUUUCUCUGCUGACUCCAUGGCAAAGAAGGGUGCAGGAUUGGUGAGAGGGGGAAAGAUCAUUUUCAAUUCAAAACCAAGUUUCAUCCCAGAUUUGGAAUCACCUGAGCAAAUUUACUAUAGGUUUGGAUAA